AUGCCACUACUAUUUAGGCACUCUGCCUUGACCGAUUUCUUGGCUUCGAACAACAUCUCUGCUGCUCAGAUUCAGCAAGACCACCUCACACGGUUAAGGCAAUUUGAACGUCAGACAGCUGUUGAACGACGAGAAACUGAUCAUGUCAAUGAUGAUGAAUAUCAAAAUGCGGAUGAGUCGGCAGCAGACAAGAAAAAGCGGAAAAGGAAAGAGGCUGUCGCCCUCGCGAAGAUCAAGAAAAGCAAAGAAUUUGCUCGUCGUAAGGCUCAAGGCACAGGCGAUUCUGACAAUGAUGAUGAUAUCGCCCGAGAGAUGAUGUGCGAGGAUUCUCAGCCCUUUGCAUAUCAGCUCGAGAACUGUGAGGUUUGUGGUAAACGUUUUACAGUAACCCCCUACAGCAAAGCUGGUCCCCGUGGAGGUCUCCUCUGUGCAAGAUGUUCUAAGGAGCUAGCGGAUGAUGGGAAGAAACCCAAAGCUAAUAGGCGGGGACCAAGGAGCGGGCGUCGCCAGAAGCAAAGUAAUCUGCUCGAUGGGCUUGCUCAAUUGGGCGCUCCAAGCUUAGCGGAGAUGUGUACAAAGAAAGUAGCCGAAAACAUUAACGAUAUCGAAGAGUUUGGAGAUUUGCCCCCGCAACUGCUUCAUCGUCUAAGUCAGAUAUUGUGCAAGAGGCGUGUCUUGACUUCAAGAACUCUUAAUUUAUUUCUUCGGUCGGAGCUUAAUUUUAUUGAUAUCUAUGAUGCUGCAAAGCUUGAAACACAGGACUUCGAGAAAAUCUUCGCUUUCAUGCCCAAUCUGUAUCACGUGAACUUUCGCUUUGCUGGUCAACUGAAAGAUAAGGUAGUCGAAUACCUAUUGGACCGCAACUUGAAGAUCAAGCGCUUGCAGCUAGAUGCCGCAAAUUUGAUAUCAGAUGAGUGUUGGCAGCAGCUGUUCCGAAAAUUGGGACCCCAGUUGGAAUCCCUCAAAUUAUCCAAUCUCGAUUCCUCUUUGGAUGAUGAAACAGUGGAAGUGAUGUGCAGGAAGUGCACAUCGCUUCAACGUCUGAAAUUGAAGCAGUGUUGGAAAAUGGGCAAUCGCUCUCUCCAAGCCAUUUCCCAACUGAUAUCUUUACAACACUUGUCUUUGGACUUUGUUCAAGAAAUAUGUGAUGAGAUCCUGCUCAACACAGUUUCAAAACUCAGCCCACGCUUGCGGACGUUGUCCUUGGAGGGGCUAUCUACCGCAGAUGAUCGUCUUUUGGAUAUCAUACAUGUCAAUUGCCGCACUUUGACGAAACUUCGCUUUUCUGACAACGCAGUGUGUAGUGACAAAGGCUUCGUCACUCUUUUCACUGACUGGGACAACCCACCACUGGAAUUUGUGGAUCUUUCAUCUACGAGAGACGUUGAUAAUUCGAACCCAGACGGACCUGUAGAUGCAAUUGGCCUUGCAUCCCAAGGUUUUAUGGCUCUCAUGAACCAUUCAGGGCCCGGGCUACAGAAAUUAAACAUCGCAUCUUGUCGCCACGUGUCCCGCUCUGCUUUUGAAGAAGUGUUUGCGGCCGGGAAAAGAUACCCCAAUCUCGAGGAGAUAGAUGUGUCCUUCCAUACAGUCGUCGAUGACUAUAUUGUUGGUCGAAUCUUUCAGUGCUGUCCUAAACUCCAGAAAUUGGUCGCUUUUGCCUGUUUCAACUUGCGAGAUGCUCAGGUUCCGGCCGGAGUUGCUUUGAUUGGCGGAUUAAAAGCUCAAGACCCCAUUGUUCUUCAGGGCCAUCACUACUAG